GUCGCAGUGACCGUUGACCUUCUGACCGAUCCUCCACCAGAGAUGAUUUCCGUAUAAAUGCGGACUUUAGCUACAGCAGAAGACAUGACAGGUGUCGAGGGUCGAGUUGAGCUCCAGCUGGAAAACUCCCCUCCGGGACAUGAAGUGAUGGGGGAACGGCCGCAGGAGGACGUGAGCGCGGCUGAGGGGCCGUCAGAGUCCGGGGAGGGCGAGUCCAACUCCGGCCAGAGAGGUCGAGUAAAGUCUCCCAUAGCCGAGCUGGAGGAGGAGGAUGACGCACCGCUGUCAGUACUGGCUGACGUCGCUCCGGCGCCACCCCGCGGUGAUACUGCGACCUGCAGCUGGGACAGUGAGGCCCGCAGCUGUCCUGAGCUCGGACAUCAGGAGACAUGUGUCCAGUCCAUGCGGCUGCAGCUCCAGUUCCUCCUGAGCCAAGCCGAUGACUUGAUGAAUGGGCAGGAUGAUCGAGAGAGGGAGGCUCAUGCUGCUGCCGUACCAAACUUCCUGUGGACCUGUCAGCCUUAUUUUAACUAUGUGGAAUCCACAGCUCAGAGCAGCCUGAUGUCCCAGCACACCCCUCUGCCUUAUGACAUCCACACAAAGCUGUUAGACUUCUCUCAGCAGCUGUGUGACAAGUUGGAACAGCUGGUGUUAACCCACGCCAGACACAGUCUCCUCUGUUUGGAUGAAUCUAAUCCUAACAGCUUGUCUCACUUCUGCAUCGGUCAGACUCAGCUUGGCCAACUGAGGCUGACGGCGUUUCGCUACUGCAAACCCACUCCGUACCUCGCCCAGGUUGACACAGGCUUGUACAAACGGAUGCGGUGGAACGUGGAGACGCUCCCAGACAAACCACAGCAGGCAGAUGAGAAGCAGGUUGGAGAGAGCGAGGAGGAGGCAGAAACAGUUAGAGAGACAGAGUAUUACUUCCUGUGCUAUGAGGAUAUUCCCAAUGCACAUGCAGAUGCUGAGGAUGAGAGCCAAGGGGACGUGGUGAGGAUGUGGUCCAUCGGUCGGUGGGUGCAGGUGAAGCCAGACCCUGACACAGAGGACAUCCAUGACUGGAUCACGUGUGAGCUCCCUCAGGCCGACUAUCACAGGCUGUUGUUCCUGGGCAGUAAGGAGCCGUCCAGCUGCAAUGCUACAGAGCUCCUGAAGCAGCUGCUGUUGUCAAAGCAGACAACACAGUGACGCUCGGCUCUGUAGGAGUGUGUGUGCAUCUGUGUUAUAGUGCACAUGACAUCUACAUUGAGGAUUCACACAGCAUGUGGAAAUGGACUGGACCAGUUUAGUUCACAGAGGUCGUUGAAGGUAAAUCCUGGUUUGAAAUGUGUGUGGCUGCUGGCACAGACACCUGAGCUGAAAUCGCCUCACACAACCUCAAGCCAAUUCCAUCUCCUCUGUCAGUUUAUGUAAAAAUAGUUUUAUGCUGUGCACCGAGUGUGAGGUUUUUCUGCACAAUGUUUGUCACUUUAAUCUGUUCAGUGUUCAUGUUGUAACCUUCAAAAAUAUUUGUAUAGUUUUUUAAAUAUUCUACAUUUUAAGUGUUCACAC